UGAAGCGAUAAUAUUUUACUACAUCAUAGCAUGAGCCAAUUCAGGCAAGGGCUUAUAUUCCUAUGUUUAUUACUCUCAUCCGCAAGUCAGAAAGUGCUCUGCCCUUCGUAUCGCUCGAUACGGUCUCAGGAUUUGUAUGCCAAUUACCUUCCCUUUAGAAUCCCAAAGAAGACUCCUAUUCUAUAGUGCCUGUACAAUAUGUUGGACACAGAGUGAGAUAUAUAAACACC